AUGGUGUUGUUCUUUGAGAACAUGAUCAAAGUUCUCAAUGAUUCAGAGAUGCAGGAAUUUGUGAUGGUAGCUAGACAGUUAUGGCUGAGAAGAAAUUCUUUUAUCUACAAAAACAAAUUCCUACCUCCAAACUGUCUACUCAGAGAAACCAGUUUGAGACUACAGCUGCUAAAAGAAGAGGAGGACAAAAUUCAGACUCAAAAGGAGGGCCAACAGACAAAGAAUUUAGCUGAGAAGUGGCAAAGUCCUCCUGCAAACUGGUUUAAAGUCAAUUGGGAUGGGGCAGUAGACAAAACAAAAUGCAUGAUUGGCAUAGGUGUAGUUGUAAGGGAUGAGAAAGGUCAGAUCAUAGCAACAAUGAGGCACAAGAAGAUGCAACUCCCCGACCCUCUACUAACAGAAUCUUAUGGGGCUUUAAUAGCUGUUCAGUUUGCCAAGGAUCUGGGAUUGACACAGAUUGAAUUGGAGGGUGAUUCACUCCUGAUAGCAAAGGCACUACAGGAGGAAAAUGAAGCGUGGAGCAGUACCAGCAUGUUUAUCUGUGAGACUAGAACUUAG